AUGGAAAAUAUAGACAUGCAAAGGAGUAAAGGUUCUCAAUGUCAACUGGAGAAAUAUUUUGAUGAGUUCAUGCAUGAGAGGCUGCGUACCCAUGCUGAGUCUGUUGCGUUUUUCGGAGGUGGUGCUCGAGAAAGAGCGAUGAUCGAGUCAAGAUUUAAUGAGCUUCUGGCUCAUGCCAAAAUGCUGCUGAGGAAGAAAUGGUUAUUUGGCGUACUGGAUGAUUUUGUUACGAAACAACUGCCUCACAAUGUUACUUGGGGAUUGAGCUUGUUAUAUGCCAUGGAGCACAAAGCUCACCGUUCAUUGACCUCCACUCAAGGUGAGCUGGCACAUGCAUUGCGGUUUUUGGCAUCUGUUGUAUCUCAAAGCUUCUUGGCUUUUGGUGACAUUCUGGAGCUGCAUAGAAAGUUCAUUGAACUCUCUGGUGGUGUUAAUCGGAUUUUUGAACUUGAAGAGCUUCUCGAUGCUGCACAAUCUGAUGAGACUGUUGGCACUUCAUCACAGUCCGAUGAGAUGCAUUUCAAAAAUGAGGACGGUAUCUUUAUUUCGGAGGUUGAUAUAAUUACGCCAUCACAGAAAUUGUUAGCAAGGAGGUUGACGUGUAAUAUAGUACCAGGGAAAAGCCUUCUUCUUACUGGUCCAAAUGGUAGUGGGAAAAGUUCGGUGUUCAGGGCUCUUCGUGGUCUUUGGCCUAUUGUCAGUGGACACAUUCAUAAACCUUCCCACAAUGUUAAUGAUGUUGGUGAAUUCAAUUGUGGUAUAUUAUACAUUCCCCAGAAACCGUAUACUUGUUUGGGAACAUUACGAGAUCAAAUUAUCUAUCCUCUCUCACAUGACCAAGCAGAAAAGAGGGCAAAGGCGUUAAGUUUGUAUCGAGAAGGGCAAAACGAUAGUGUUGACGCAAAUAUUCUGGAUGUGCAUCUAGCAAGAUGUAUUUCCAGGGCAAAGCUGGGAAGACAUCCUUUCUCUUGGGGAACAACAGAGAUCCGGCAUUUGCUACAAUUGUUGAAGAGCACCAUUACCUGCAUGCACAUGAUCAUCACGGUUAUUACAUCAUCACAGCUAAUGCCUGUGACUGCUGUGUCAUGAUCAAGAAUUUAACAGUAGACUUGGAGCUAUACAUGGUACAAAGUCUUUCAAGAAUCCGUGGCCACAUACAUAUCAAUGUUAACGACGGUCAAUAACGAUGGCUGCAGUAUUAAACACGUAAAUUUUCGAUGGAUUUUGCCAGAAUUUUGAUCUCUGUAUGUGUAUUCUUAGGUGGUUUUCUGCUAUUUCAAUUCUCAAUUAAAUUCUAAGUAUUGUUUUAAUGAUGGAAUACUUUUGUACUCGUUUUUCUCAAAUAAGUAAUUCUAAUCCGGGGGUUGAAACCGACUGUGUAUAUUA